AAUUAUGCAUGGAGGCGUGUCUUGGCCAGUGGCAGCUGGGUGGGGAUUGGCUGGAGGGGCUGUAAUUCAGCGGUUUCCGGAGCUGCAGUGUAGACAGGGAGGGGGAACCUGGGGUUCCUACGUCGCGGCGGAGGGAACGAGCCCUAACCGGAUCGCUGAGGUACAACCCAGCUCGGUGUCGCCUGACCGCGUCGGCUAGGAGAGGCCAGGCGGCCCUCGGGAGCCCAGCAGCUCGCGCCUGGAGUCAGCGCAGGCCGGCCAGUCGGGCCUCAGCCCCGGAGACAGUCGUGACCCCUGAUUGUGGCAGGAUGGCUCAGUGGAACCAGCUGCAGCAGCUGGACACACGCUACCUGGAGCAGCUGCACCAGCUGUACAGCGACAGCUUCCCCAUGGAGUUGCGGCAGUUCCUGGCACCUUGGAUUGAGAGUCAAGACUGGGCAUAUGCAGCCAGCAAAGAGUCACAUGCCACGUUGGUGUUUCAUAAUCUCCUGGGUGAAAUUGACCAGCAAUAUAGCCGAUUCCUGCAAGAGUCCAAUGUCCUCUAUCAGCACAACCUUCGGAGAAUCAAGCAGUUUCUGCAGAGCAGGUAUCUCGAGAAGCCAAUGGAAAUUGCCCGAAUCGUGGCCCGAUGCCUGUGGGAAGAGUCUCGCCUCCUCCAGACAGCGGCCACGGCAGCCCAGCAAGGGGGUCAGGCCAACCACCCAACAGCUGCUGUAGUGACAGAGAAGCAGCAGAUGUUGGAGCAGCAUCUUCAGGAUGUCCGGAAGCGUGUGCAGGAUCUAGAACAGAAAAUGAAAGUGGUAGAGAAUCUCCAGGACGACUUUGAUUUCAACUAUAAAACCCUCAAGAGUCAAGGAGACAUGCAGGAUCUGAAUGGAAACAACCAGUCUGUGACCCGACAGAAGAUGCAGCAGCUGGAACAGAUGCUCACAGCCCUGGACCAGAUGCGGAGAAGCAUCGUGAGUGAGCUGGCAGGGCUCUUGUCAGCAAUGGAGUAUGUGCAGAAGACACUGACCGAUGAAGAGCUGGCCGACUGGAAGAGGCGGCAGCAGAUAGCGUGCAUCGGAGGCCCUCCCAACAUCUGCCUGGACCGUCUGGAAAACUGGAUAACUUCAUUAGCAGAAUCUCAACUUCAGACCCGCCAACAAAUUAAGAAACUGGAGGAGCUGCAGCAGAAAGUGUCCUACAAGGGCGACCCGAUUGUGCAGCACCGGCCCAUGCUGGAGGAGAGGAUUGUGGAUCUGUUCAGAAACUUAAUGAAGAGUGCCUUCGUGGUGGAGCGGCAGCCCUGCAUGCCCAUGCACCCGGACCGGCCCUUAGUCAUCAAGACUGGUGUCCAGUUUACCACCAAAGUCAGGUUGCUGGUCAAAUUUCCUGAGUUGAAUUAUCAGCUUAAAAUUAAAGUGUGCAUUGAUAAAGACUCUGGGGAUGUUGCUGCCCUCAGGGGGUCCCGGAAAUUUAACAUUCUGGGCACGAACACAAAAGUGAUGAACAUGGAGGAGUCUAACAACGGCAGCCUGUCUGCAGAGUUCAAGCACCUGACCCUGAGGGAGCAGAGAUGUGGGAAUGGAGGCCGUGCCAAUUGUGAUGCCUCCUUGAUUGUGACUGAGGAGCUGCACCUGAUCACCUUUGAGACUGAGGUGUACCACCAAGGCCUCAAGAUCGACCUAGAGACCCACUCCUUGCCAGUUGUGGUGAUCUCCAACAUCUGUCAGAUGCCAAAUGCUUGGGCAUCAAUCCUGUGGUAUAACAUGCUGACCAAUAACCCCAAGAACGUGAACUUCUUCACUAAGCCGCCGAUUGGAACCUGGGACCAAGUGGCGGAGGUGCUCAGCUGGCAGUUCUCGUCCACCACAAAGCGGGGGCUGAGCAUCGAGCAGCUGACCACACUGGCCGAGAAGCUCUUAGGGCCUGGUGUGAACUACUCGGGGUGUCAGAUCACAUGGGCUAAAUUCUGCAAAGAAAACAUGGCUGGCAAGGGCUUCUCCUUCUGGGUCUGGCUAGACAAUAUCAUCGACCUUGUGAAAAAGUAUAUCUUGGCCCUUUGGAAUGAAGGGUACAUCAUGGGUUUCAUCAGCAAGGAGCGGGAGCGGGCCAUCCUAAGCACAAAGCCCCCGGGCACCUUCCUGCUGCGGUUCAGCGAGAGCAGCAAAGAAGGAGGGGUCACUUUCACUUGGGUGGAAAAGGACAUCAGUGGCAAGACCCAGAUCCAGUCUGUAGAGCCAUACACCAAGCAGCAGCUGAACAACAUGUCAUUUGCUGAAAUCAUCAUGGGCUAUAAGAUCAUGGAUGCGACCAACAUCCUGGUGUCUCCACUUGUCUACCUCUACCCUGACAUUCCCAAGGAGGAGGCAUUCGGAAAGUAUUGUAGGCCCGAGAGCCAGGAGCACCCCGAAGCUGACCCAGGUAGUGCUGCCCCUUACCUGAAGACCAAGUUCAUCUGUGUGACACCAACGACCUGCAGCAAUACCAUUGACCUGCCGAUGUCCCCCCGCACUUUAGAUUCAUUGAUGCAGUUUGGAAAUAACGGUGAAGGUGCUGAGCCCUCAGCAGGAGGGCAGUUUGAGUCGCUCACGUUUGACAUGGAUCUGACCUCGGAGUGUGCUACCUCCCCCAUGUGAGGAGCUGAAACCGGAAGCUGCAGAGAUGUGACUGAGACACCUGCCCUGUGUUCCACCCCUAAGCAGCCAAACCCCAUAUCAUCUGAAACUCCUAACUUUGUGGUUCCAGAUUUUUUUUUUUUUAAUUUCCUACUUCUGCUAUCUUUGGGCAAUCUGGGCACUUUUUAAAAUAGAGAAAUGAGUGAGUGUGGGUGGCGUACUUUUAUGUAAAGGGAAGAGUACCUCUGAGUCUGGGAGGGGGGCUGAGGACAGGAGGGAGCAAGGGGAACACCUCGUGUCCUGCCUGCCUGCCCUCCUUUUCAUCAGCUCGUGGUUGGUUGUUAGACAAGUGCCUCCUGGUGCCCAAGGCACCCUGCUGCCCCUUUCUGUGAGCUGAUACCCCAGGCUGGGGUCCCUGGCUCUGCACUUUCAGCCUUGCUAAUAUCCACAUAGAAGCUAGGACUAAGCCCAUAGGUUUCUCUUUAAAUUAAAAAAAAAAAAAUUAAGAAUUAAAGGGCAAAACACCCUGAAACAGCAUAGUCUUUCCAUAUCAAAGAAGACUCAGUUAACAGCCUCUUCGGUGCUUUAAGCUGUCUUCAGGCCAAUCACCUCUAUAAACCCUGAAAUGGUUGCAGAUCAAAUCUGUAAAAGAGAUCCGAGAGCUGUGGCUUGGCCUCUGGUUUAAACACAAAGGUUAGAGAGAACCUAGAUACCCCUGGGUUUUGUUUACCCAGUAUGCUUGUCGGUUGGAGGGUGAGGUAGGCCAAGGGCGCUGGGAAGCCUUUCCAUCGUCUUGCUCCCUCCCCAACCCAGACUGCAGACCCUGCUUCAGGGCCAGCCUGCCCUGUGGGUGCCUUACUGGGCCUAGGGACAACCUGCCUGCCUCCCACUUGACCUUGCUGGUAGUAUGUCCCCUUCCCAUGUCCAAAGGUCCCUGUCCUGCUUCCAUUGGGAAUCCCUGCCUCAGGACCUUGUGUCGAGAGGGAUUGCCUUACAGGUUUGAACCUGACUCAGACUACAGGCCCUCAGCAAAGCUCAGGGAGUAUGGUCCUUAUUCUAUGCGCUUGGUUCCCAGGGGUAUCUGUAACCACGGGGCAAAAGCUGACAUAAACUCCAGGUCUGCCCUUCGUAUGAGUGGUAUAUUCUUGGCCUCCCCUGAGACUGGCGACUGUCUGCUCCCCACUGGGGCUCCCAGGUGAGGUGGGAACAGAGUUCCUGCACCUAUUGUGGCCUUCAUGUCACUUGCUUGCCUCAGUCACUCAGCUUACUUGAACACUGAGUGGUUCAAGGCAAGCCUUCCCUGACACAGGGGCAUGGCUAGAUUCAGUGACUCAAAGCCACCUCGCUCAGCUGAUCAGUGUCUGUGGCAUUGUUUCCCUCCAGUUAACCAGUGUCUGAAUUAAGGGCAGUGAGGACAUUGUCUCCAAGACAAACUGCUUGCCUUGCCCACCCCAGCCUUCUGCUUCGAGACAGUUCCUGCUCUCCCGUCCCCAUCAACGUUCUUUAGUUACACAAUAAGCUGAACUUAUAAACUGAAAGGGUAUUUAGGAAGGCAAGGCUUGGGCAUGUUUAUGGCUUUCAAUCCUGGGGACCCAGGAACAAGGUGAGGGCUUCUCUGGGGCCAGUGUUGUACCUCAGGGGCUCUGGGAAGUCUGUGUGCCUGGGUUAACUACCCAUAGUGAGCCCCCGGAACUGCCCACUUCCCCUCGCCUUGGCCCCACUUGGCCCCUCUUGGCCCCAGCCUCACCCAGCCAUGCCUGCAAACUGCUUAGCCUUUCAGUGCAGUGGCUUGUGUUCUGUCCUGGCCACUGCACUCAGAUUCCAAUGUAUACUUUCUAGUGUAAAAAUUUAUAUUAUUGUGGGUUGUUUUUUGUUGUUGUUUGUUUUUGUAUAUUGCUGUAACUACUUUAACUUCCAGAAAUAAAGAUUAUAUAGGAACUGUC